AGGAGCUCCAUACAAGAAUUUUAAGUAAAUUCAGAAGGUAAAGGAGUUGCUGCUAAGAUGCUUUUCCUACAUGUAUUCAGCAUAAGCACACUAUUGCUUUACUAUGCUGUUAGAGCUCAAUACAACUGUUCAUCAGACUACAGCCGGCUCCCAGUGGAUAAUGACUUGACUGUUGAUUGUGGCCCCCAGUACAUCAAGCUGACGGUCAACCUCUGCACAGCCCAGUAUGCUGGCUUUGACCCUAAUAUGCUUGCUAUGAAUGGUCUGCACAAUGUUACUCUCUGCCAAGGAACAAUAGACACGAGUGUCAGUCCACCUGUCAUCAGAUACAACUUCCCUGUUAAUGAUACCAUUGAAAACAUUUGUAACAACCAAGUCACGGUUCAAAGUGAUGGAGCUGGUACUGGAGUUUUUAGUUUUCUUUCUGAUACAGAGUCCGUUGUCAUUAAAGGAUACAUCGAUACUCCCAAAUCUUCAGUUGGGGUGGUCAGCUACGCUUCAGACCUCUACUACAUGUUCACCUGCCGCUACCCCCUGGAGUAUCUGAUGAACAACACUCAAGUUCUAGUGUCAUCUGUGGCAUUAGCUGUGAAUACCAACAAUGGCACAUUCAUCAGCACCCUACAGAUGGGACUGUUCAGUGAUACAAAUUUCACCACUCCUCUAAUUGUUCAGCAAAGUGGAAUCCCACUUCAAACGAAGGUCUAUGUUCAAGUUAGUGCCACGAACCUGACAGGAAGCUUUAAUGUCCUUCUUGAUUACUGUUUUGCAACACCUUCACCUUUUGAAGAGACUGGCGUUGACCGAUACAAUUUGUUUGUUGGCGCAUGUAACAAAAAUAACAGGACAAAUAUCCUACAGAAUGGAAGGAGUAAGAUGGCUCAGUUCAGCUUUGAUGCUUUCCGAUUUGUGCAGCACAGAGAUCGCAGGAUAUCCACCAUCUAUGUGCACUGCAUGACUCGUCUGUGUGAACCCCAAAAAUGUAACAUGCUCUUAUCGGGAUGCUCCAGAAGAAAGCGAGCUGUCUCAGCUGUGGAACAGACCCCAGGCUAUUCAUCAACAGAUCAAGUCACUGUCUCAGCGGGACCCAUCUUCACAAAUGAUGAAGUUCAAGAAGAUCAGGCUUCUUCUAAACCAGCCACAGCUCAAAAUGAAGGCAGUAAGGAAGUGCAGAGUGCUUUCGUUUGGCUUGCUGUUGGCUCUAUUUUUGCAGUGCUCUUGUUUCUUGCAUUAAUUUUGGCAGUGUGGUUUUUAUUGAAGAAGUUUUUUAUUCCCAUGACCAAGCCUGGACUACAAGGACAUAAUAACCCCUGCUACAACUGAGGACUGGAAGAAAUAACUGAAAUGGAUCAACAUGUGGAUGCUGGGAGAAGAUGACAGAUUCGACAUAGCAGACACUUUAAUGGGAAAAUGUACCAGGAUUCAAGAACUUUGAGGCAACAACUCCACCCACUGUACCAGCGAACCAUUUUAAAUAAGUACUUCAGUAAAUAAUUACCAGUUCCACCCAUAUUUCUUGGGGGUAUCCUAUUUUGGUAUGUUUUUCAAAUUUUGUUUUUUGCCUGAGCAGCUUCUCCAGCUGCAAGGCAAUUCUAGCUGUAAGUUCAAAAUCAGUAUUUCUUAAUUGCAUAAGAUUUUCUUUGUGAUUGUCAGGCUAGAUUUGGAUAGAGCAGUCACCUCAACAAUCUGACUUAUUUUGUCCCUCCAACCCACCGUGCAUUUCUUAGCCCAUUCUCACCUGUUUC